CCCUCCGGAUCUGGGUCCUGGGGCCCCAAAUCCCCUCCCGCUGCUCUGGGAGCCCACGCUCCCUUCGAUAUUCCCGCCCCCGUGUGUCCGCCCCGCGGGGAGGCCUCCACAGCUCGGUGGCCGGGUCCGAGGUGGAGGGGGCGCAGCUUGGGAAGCUGCCCGGGGAGCCCGCAGACACCCUCGGCUACAACCAGAGCGAGUCCAACCCCACCUCCCAGGGGACGUCUGGCUGCGACCUGGACCGAGGGGCGCCUCCCCCGCGCUUCUGGGCAGUUCGCCCACACUGGCGCCGACUACAUCGCCCUGAAUGAGGCCUGCGCCCCGGGGCCGCCACGGACCAGGUGGCCCAGAUCGCCCGGCAUACCCGGAGCGGGAGUGCCCGGUGGCUUCGCAGGAACCUGGAGAAGGGGAGGGAGACGCUGCAGCGGGCAGAUCCCCCCAAGACACACGUGACCCCCCCUGACCGGGAGGUCACCCUGAGGAGCUGGGGCCUGGGCUUCUACCCUGCGGACAUCACCCUGGCCUGGCAGCGUGAUGGGGAGCACCAGACCCAGGACCUGGAGCUGGCGGAGACCAGGCCUGCGGGGUGGGGACCUUCCAGAAGUGGGGGACCGAGGGGGGGCCCCUGGAGAGGAGCAGAGAUACACCUGCCACUGCAGCAGGAGGGGCGGCCCAGCCCCUGGCCCUGAGAUGGGUUUCCUGGUCCUGCCCUGGGUCUGUGGUCAGUUCUGGAAACUCUCUGGGGCCCGGGACUAGGGCUUCCUUAGGACCUCACGGCCCCGCCUCCUCCGGCUCUGAUGUGUCCCUCAGGCUCUGAGUGUGAGGCCGCUGCCGGAAGUGGAACUGAGUGAUACACGAUGUGCUGGCCCCGACUCCCUCUCUGCAAAGGGCUGGCAUGUCUGCCUUCCUCUCCGCAUAACGUGAGGAUUUGGGAGGCUGGCCCAGCCCUGCCCACACCAUCGUGCACACUGUACACAUUCAAUACAUGCAGUUUUCUGUAUAUCAACGAAACCUCAAUAAAGUUGUUUAAAAAAUGGAAAAAAAAAAGCUUUUUGUAAAUGUCACGAGUGUACUCAGUGGAGGCAAUCUCAUGAAGGUGAAGAGCGUGCCCACGGCCGAGAGCACCGGUCACGGGCUGGGCGUCUGCUCAUGGCCGCGAGCUCCACUGUGCCCGGCACGCGGUGAUCGGCCACCCCGCCACCGGAAAAGCACACGGCCAGGAGCCCCCUCUGCAUCUUUAUUUUUUUUAGAUAUAUUUUUUAUUGAUUUCAGAGAGGAAGUGAGAGAAACAUCAAUGAUGAGAGAGUCUCACACAGCAGGUCCUCAGCCAGUAUUUGUUGGCUGAGUGAAUUAGCGUGAAUUCCAAUAGAAUCACACUCAAGCAAAGAUACCAACAAACGCAUCUGCAUAAAUACACUCACCUCUCCCAGGACCAGAUCUGGGGCGCCUGCGGGCCUAUUGUAAAUACAGUGAGUUAGGCGUGGCUCAUUGGAUGUUGUGCUUGAGAAAGGGUUCCACCCACUCAUCCUCAGGACCUCAGCAAGGCCCUUUAACCUCAGUCUCUCCCUCUCUCUGUGUUAUGACGCGAGCCUGCACUGGCUUUAACUCGCCUGCGGAGCAGCAUUACUUAUAAUGUGAGUCUUAACUGAAGAGCAGCAGGCACAGAGCUUGUUUCUAGUGGGAGGAACUGUCGGUGCAGACACGGCUGGCGCCGGGCAGGGGCAGUGCCGAGGCCUUCACACUCAAAUACCAAGACUUGGACUCUAUCCAGUGCGGGCGGAAUCAGACUUACCUAACACAGACAUACCCUGCAGAGUGCCCAUGCCCAGACACCCAAACAGCUUCUGAAAUUACUUUUUCUAGCCCUGGCUGGUGUGGCUCGGUUGGUUGGAAUAUCAAUCAGUGCACCAGAAGGUUAUGGGUUUGAUUCCUGGUCAGGGCACAUAUCUAGGUUGUGGGUUUGAUCCAGGUUGGGGCGUGUAUGAGAGGCAACGUUUCCCUCUCACAUCGACGUUUCUCUCUCUUUCCCGUCCUCCCUUUCUAAAAUCAAUAUAUAUAAAUAAAUUACUUUGUUCAUAGAGGUUGGGAGAGUAGAUACUUCUUACACUUGCAAAAGUAUUCUUCAGUGUCAAUGAAACACAGGACAACCCCGGUGAUGACUCCUACUUCUGAGUCUUAAGCUUAUUAAUUGGGCAGGACCAGGUAUUUUGCGGGGCCCCAUUAAAACGAAAAUGCAGAGCUCCUUCUUAAAAAAAUCACUAAGAAUUUCAAGACACAACAUCAGAGCACCAAACCGAGCCCGAGAAGAGCCCUCUCGGUGCAGGAGCGUGGCAAGCUCACUGCCCACAAAGCCUGCUCGGGGCACAAGCGCCACGAGUUAAUGCCACCACCUCCAGGUCUGAGCGGCCUCCCUGCUGAGGAAGCAGGGCCUCUAGCUGAGCGGGCUCUGAACUAGAGCGCAGCCUCUAGGAGCUUCCCCGGGGCCCCCAACGCUGGCCCUGCUCUCCCUCUCUGCGCUGUUCCCAGGACCCACAGACAGGCAGCCGGAAGCUCCGCAGCGGGGAAAUCUCCUCGGUCUGCUUAGGAGCAGCUUCCAGUGACUCCCGAGGUCCCCACCCGCCAGGGUCCCUCCCCACGCGCCAGCAACCAGAGCCACAGGCAUGCUGGGAAAACCUCCCCCAGGCCUUUGCCCAGGUCCAGAGUCUGAGAACUGGAAGCCACACACAACAGAAGACCCUGAGGACAUGACCCCUGACCUGGACAGCUCCGGGGAUCAAGGGGAAAGAAGUGGGGGUUUGGGGAGAUGCAUCCCACCGGAUCCUGUGGCCUGCAAGCGACAAGCUGCCUGAGAGGGGCAGGCAGGCCACCUUCUGGCGCCAGAAACGAAAAACAGCACAAUCAGGCACCGCAGGGGCUGGGCCCGGAGGCGUCCAAACGCUCUGCAGGAAGGGGCAGGGCCAAGGUCGGCCCAGAGCCCCCCCCCCCCCCACCCCGGACUGUGACAGCCACCCCAACACCAGGAGCCACGGCCAGGGGGGAGAUGGGCUGCAGAACGGUGUGGCCUGUGGGGACUGGGCCACGGCUAUCACUCCCCUGCCCUGACUGGCGAGGCUGGCAGGGUUUCUUCAGGGAAGAGCCUCCUCCCAAUAGAAACAGCCCCAACUGCGCCCGAGCUGUGCAGCCUCUCGCUCCGUGGCCAGCUGGCUCCAUGGCACCGAGCUCCACACCACAGGCAGCAUCCUCACGGAGGAAGGGACACAACCCCUCAGUCAAAAGCACUUAUGGUGCUCAUUUCCUGUAAAGCACCAGGCCACAGGGGUGACCCUGUGCCUCCAUGCGGAUGCGAGAGGUGUGCCCAGCCACCCUCAGACCUGUGGGCACAGCGCAGAGUAACCAGUGUCAUCUUGGCCCCUCACAUAACCACCCGUUCCCUGUCAUCCCCAACGCUCACGUCUGUCUCUCACAGACGAACAGUUGGCACUGGUCUCACCUGCCUUUUCGCUGGGACCAGUAAGGUCAACACCCAGAGGCACCACUGCCCAGCCUGCAGGUUGGGGAAGUGCCUGGAUGCUGGCAGGAAGGACAUGAUCCUGUCUGCAGCGGCAGCGCGGCGAGCAAAGCAGGCCCAGCGCCGGCACAGAAACGGGCUCGCCGACCCACUCCCUGCGCUGCCUCUGCGCACGCACUUUGCCGACAUCAACACAUUCAUGGCACAGCCAGUCAUCAAGGUCACCAGGCCCUGUCCUCCCCUGUGUGUGGCCUCCCUCCCCUCUCAGGAAGAAAGCACUGCAGUCAAUGACACUCCGCACCACCACCGCCAAGAGAAAGAGAACAGCACGAAAAGCCACUGGCAACUGACCGCCGGCCUUCACGAGCGCCAUGUCUGGAAUCACCACCCCUGGUUUGUGCCUGUCGGAGCGGGAGCUCUCCUCCGCAGUUCAGACUCGAGUUUGAAGUGCCCUGUGUCCCGCGCCCCACAGGCCCAGCCCCUGGAGGGCCAAGACUCCCUCCUCAAGGGGCAGCUUCGAGAUCUGUCAUCUCCAAACACAGAUUCCUCUGUGGCCUCUGCUGCCCGAGAAGACGGAGCUCCCGGUGAGGUGCUGGUAGGACAGCACAGGGCACGUGUCCUUGUCCUGUGGCAUGGCCGAGGCCAGAGGACCAAAGGCUCUGAAGGCUGGUCUGGGUUCCAGAAAGAGUUUUUGGAGCUGCUCUUUCACUUCCAUAGGACACUGUGGCGGCCGCAGCUCCAGGAGCCUGAGUGUGCUCACGGCUGCCUGGCCCACUUCUCGCCUGGUGAGCUCCCCCAAAACCCAGAAGCUUCCUCCCAACACCUCUGUCAAACUCCCAGCUCCUCCAAUCCGUCCCUCCCGGGCCUGUUGGUCCUCCAAUCUACAGAAUGCAUCUCCUCCAGCCUGGGGCUCCUGGGCACUGUACAGCCCCCACCCCCAUCCUUCCUGCUCCCUCUUACAGACCGGCCCAGGGUCUCCAGAGGGAGACUGACCAGCUGCAGGAGAUGGUGGGCUCCGUAGAGCUACAUCACCGGCCAGCGGCCAGGGCCCCGUCGGCACAGGGACAGGCAUGGCGGCUGCACCAGGGAAGGAGGGAGGAAGGGAACUUAGCUCAGCGCAGAUGCUUCUCAGUCUCUCCUGGGGGCACCGAAGCCCAUGGGGCCUGCACUCCCUUCCUCUCACGUAGUGCGGUGCCCACACUGCUCCUACCGCUGUCUCAGUUCACUCUCCCCAGCUUUUUGGUUCAGUAGAGACGCAAAGCGGUUGCUCACAGGCUCUGCAUCAGCAUUCCUGAGCCCAAGGACAUCCACACCACACCCGUCAACCUCUCCAGACAACAGCAGCCUCACGGGAGUGGCGCCCCCUCUUUCCCGGGCCUCUCCCCUCCUCCUCACUGGCCCAUCCUUCCAUUUUCAUUCCAAGUUUUGCUCGCACACAGCUUCCUGGCAAAGCCCUGGCUCCACAGUCCGUCCCCAGCUCUGAGGUGCCUCCCCUUCUGUUCUGCUCACUCCACCAGCCGACCUGGGAUGCUCCGGACCACAGAACAGUCCCGCCUUCUAGAAGCUGCUGAGAAGGCCAGACCCUCAGAUUCCUCACAGUUGAAGUUCUAGCCAAUUCUGGGGCUUUCUUCACUCAGGGCCCUCAGAGCUUGGGGUUCAAGAGAAACGGCGGGAGGAGACUGCCAGGCGGAGGCGCCGAGGACCCUGGGACCUUGGCGAGGUCUGUUACCCCGGGGCCCGGCGAGCCUCAUGCCGGCGGGCAGCUCGGGCUCGGCUCGGGGCCUCAGACGCUCAGCUGCCACAUCUCCCUCCUUUCCCCGGGGCCCCACUCCCUCCUCCUCCAAAGGCUUCUGUAUGCGAAGCUGCUGGGCUCCAGGCUGAUCUGGAGCAUUAACAACCUGCACAGACAAACCCAGCACCUGCGGGCUGCGCUGCGCCUCUGGUCCAGGGUCUGCAGCUGCCAGCACCGCCUGGCCCGACACACUGGCCUGGAGAGGGCCGGCACUGGGCCCAGAGGUGGGGCCAGAGGAAAGGGAGCCACGGGCCCGAGAGCCUGCAGCACUCGCUGCCCCUCGUGCAGUCACAGUGUGGUGUGACGUGGACAGUCGUUCUCUGGAAGACAGGAAACAGGAGGAGGAGCUCCUCUGGGA